AUGACUGAAAAAACGAAACUCCACUGCACAUACUCCAUGAUAUUUCGAUAUUUCCAAUCAGGGAUAGUUAUCAUCGGACCCUCACCUCUUUGUUUUCAUCAUUUGCUUAAAUGGAUUCCUUCUCCUUAUAAUGAAAAUGGGAAAGAAAACAUCAAAGACUUUGAUAAAAUCAAGAGAAGGAUGAGCAACAACAGAAGCUCCAGAGAACCAGAUUCUUACACCAUGAAUGGCGGAAAAGGAGCUUACAGCUACUCCAAUAAUUCAUCUUCCCAGAGAGCAGGCAUCGAGGCCUCCAAGGACAUAAUUGAUGAGGCAAUUUCUAAGGAGCUCGAUUUAACAAAGCUCUCUUUGACAUCAAAUGCAUUUUCUGUUGUAGAUUUGGGAUGCUCAACCGGACCCAACACAUUCAUCGCCGUCCAAAACAUACUUGACUCUAUCAAACAAAAAUACCAAUCCCUCAGCCUUGAUUCUGAAAUUCCUGAAUUCUUAGUAUAUUUCAAUGAUCGUACAUCGAAUGAUUUCAAUACCCUUUUCGCUUCUCUCCCUCCAAACAAGCAAUACUUUGCAGCCGCCGUGCCAGGUUCUUUCCACGGCCGGCUAUUUCCAGAGUCUUCCAUUCAUUUUUUUCAUUCAUCUAGUGCAUUGCACUGGCUUUCUAAGGUUCCUGGUGAGUGUCUGAACAAGAAUUCUCUAGCUUGGAACAAAGGGAGGGUUCAUUAUACAAAUGCAGGCAGUGAAGUUUAUGAUGCAUAUGCAGGUCAAUUUGCAGAAGAUAUGGGGAAGUUUUUAGAAGCUAGAGCGAAAGAGAUUGUGUUUGGAGGAAUGAUGGUGUUAAUCUUGAGUGGAAUUGAAUCUGGAAUGUGCCAUUCUAAGCAGCCAGCAGGUCUCUUGUAUGAUCUUCUUGGGGCCUCCCUCAUGGAUUUGGCCAAGAAAGGAGUGAUAAAUGAAGAAGAGGUGGACUCGUUCAACCUGCCAUUGUACACUGCAACUCCUGAAGAAAUGAGAGAGAGAGUAGAAAGAAACGGGUGUUUCAGCGUGGUGAGAAUGGAGAUGAUGAAAUCCAAAUUGAUGAUGGAUGUCUUUCUCACAAAUGUGCAUUUGGCGACGAUGAUAUUGAGAUCGACCACUGAAGAUAUUGUCUCCAAGCAUUUUGGGAGUGGAGUUAUGGAUGAAGUCUGCCAACAGUUUUCUGCAAAAGCUCUAGAUAUUGCUAAAAAGCUUAAUCCUGAAGAGUAUCAAGGAUAUCGUUUACUUGUCAUUUUGAAGCGUAAUUGA